UUAUCAAUUCAUUGAUCUGCUAAGACUAAGAAAAUGUGUAUUUUUGAAUUUUGGAACUUUAUAAGACAAUAUUGAUAUAUACAGUAAGAAGAUACCUUAGUAGGUAUAGAAUACACCUGUUAUGUACGGUCAGUUUUGGAUACAGGGUUUAUCCCUCAGGAAAUAUGUGUAUAUCCCGAGGGACCGCGCAUCGGGAUAUACACAUAUUUCCCUUGUAUCCAAAACCUCCAAGUACACAACCUCUGUACCUAACAUUCAAUACACAACAUUAACAUCUGUGUAUCCAAUAUUCAAUUCACAACAUCUGUGUUUCAAACAUUUAAUAUGCAACAUCUGUGUAUCAUUCAUUCAAUACAUAACAUAUGACGGCGUCCAUGUGCACCCAACAUUCAAUAUACAACAUCUGCGUAUCUAACAUUCAAUACACAACAUCUGUGUAUCCACAAUUCAAUACACAACAUCUGUGUAUCCAUGAUUCAAUACAAAACAUCUGUGUAUCCACGAUUCAAUACAAAACAUCUGUGUAUCCAACAUUCAAUACACAACAUCUGUGUAUCCAACAUUCAAUACACAAGAUCUGUGUAUCCACAAUCCAAUACACAACAUCUGUGUAUCCAAAAUUCAAUACACAACAUCUGUGUAUCCAACAUUCAAUACACAAGAUCUGUAUUUCCACGAUUCAAUACACAACAUCUGUGUAUUACACAACAUCUUUGGACCUAACAUUAAAUACAGAAGAUCAUAAACAAGUCAACAUUAUUAAUUCCAUUCUGUUUAACAUUUCAAUGAUAUUCGGAUUCUCCAUGUUAGCGCAGUCAGAUGUCCCUUUGGUAGUUCGACUUUUUCAGGAAAGCAUCAAACUUGGCACAGUUGUAGAAACAUAUGAUCUGAAUGAAAAAUGAUUUCGGGGCAAGUGAUUCGGGGUGGUCUUCAUGGAUUGUAAGCCUCUGACCCCCACCCCUAU